CAGGACGCUGGAGCAGAUGGAGCCAGGAGAUGGAGCUCGUGGAGAGAGGAGAGGCCCCUGAGACAGGGGGGCAGGAGGCGGGAGCAGACCAGUGAUGGUCACAGUGCCUCUCCAGAAGAAAAAGAUUGCCCUAGCCCCAACUUAGACACUUCAAAGGAAUCUAAAUCAGAUGAGGACAGCAGUUCCGAGAGCAGCUCUGAGAGCGACUCUGAUAAUGAGGAGCCAAAAACAGAAAAAACAAAUGGGGAGCUGGGAGAGCCUCGCGGCGAGGGCGCUUCCACUCCGGCUAAAGAACGAGGGGAUAGAGAAUCGCCCAGAGAUCAUUUUAAUUCAGAAUUAAUUAAAAUUGAACCUCACUGUGAACACUGUCAUGCUGAAAAUAAACACCACGAGCAAGUGACCCCUAGACUCCUUUCCGGGGGACAGUUUUUACUGAUGGUGGACAUGGAGGGAGUUUACGAGUGCACGAAAACUGGUCUGAUCUUUGAGGUUAACAGAAAAGUUAACAUCAAGUAUUGCAUUUUGUCCUGGAGCAAAUACGCAGACCUGGUUGUCAAGCCCUGGGCUGUUGGGGGACCCUUGUUUGAUGUUAAAUGUGACCCAGCCUGUCUUACGUCCAUUCAGUUUCCACAUUCCCUCUGCUUGGGUCGCCAUGAUGCCAAUAUGACAUUCAGAGUCUUACAUAUAAAAAAUUCCAGCGCCUCGUUAGAAGGUACUGUGGAUCAUUCUCCAACCCAUGUCAAAUGGCACGUGAGCUCUCUUUCUCCUGUGGGACCUGUUAUUCAAAGCGAAGAGACAUUGUACCACCACGGGGCUGUGAUUCUGUACAAAGUCAUCGACCAUAAUCCAUCCUUGUCUUUUCGCGUGUACAUAGCGACCAAUAACGAGUCCUUCAUCAAGGACAUUUCCAAGUCUGUAAAGCACUCUUCUAAGAAAUUCAUGAAAAUCGACAAGCCUCCUGUUUGCCAGAAGUUACUGCAGAAUGGGAAGAAAUACAGACUGGUCAGUGAACCAGAAGCCGACAUCACCCCCGAGGAAAUUGAAUUUGUGGAUGGUUCACUUUUAAAAUUGAAAAGUUACGUUGAAGUUUAUUUGGAGCAACCAGUGGAGUUUAAAUUACUGUUGGUUGAAAUGGAUUCCGACGAGAUUGUAUGGAAAGCAAAACUGAGAGAAUGUGACUGGGUUCAACAUAACCGGAGUCAGAGCAUUUCAAAAAGUAGCACAAGUGGUAGCAGGCGACGUAAAAUAAGUAGCACCCUACCUGAAGAGGAGGUCUAUGAUAAGAGAAUGAAGCAGGUUGACACUUCAGGUGGAGCAGAGGCCCUAUUAACAGACGCUCAGUUGAUUACCCUUGCUGGGAAGUUGGGCAAGGACUGGAUAAAAAUUGCCAUUGUCAGCCUGGAGUUGGACAUCAGCGAUAUUGAUGCUAUCCGGGAGAAGGAAGAUGAUGUUACAAUUUGUAAGUUUAGGAUGCUGAAAAAGUGGCAAGAAAAGCAGCAGAGUAAUGCCACAGUCCAGAAUUUAUAUAACUGCUUGAAAAAUGUCUCAGCUGAAGUCCAAGAUGUGCUGGAAGGUUUCUUAUAGGGAGUAUGAAAUUUGGAAGACGAACUGCAAAAGGAAACCUCAGGAACUUUUAUCUGCAAAACACCAUUUCACCUGGUCAUUGGGUAUAGACUUAAUGAGAUCUUGAACUUCACAGUCUCUGGAAGCACCUUCUCUACAGCCAGUCACUCUGUAGCCCACACUAUCCAUGGACAAAGAGAAUGUAAAAUUUUGGAAAACUUGAGGAAGAAAACACCUUUAUAAUAUCAAUAUUUUUUUUCUUUUUUGGCACCUCUUGCUCACACCAUCCCACCAGCUCCGCCACCCAAAUGAAUAUAAAAUGACUCAACUCAGGUGAGAAAUGUGGUAAUAUUCUUUUUGGAGUAGUGUGGACUAUGAAAUUCUUACCAAGUGUUUGAAACAUUUUUUGCAAUUAAAUAGUGGUGUACUUGUAUGGAUUUAGUUUAGCUUCUAUCAUAUUGACAUUAAUAAUGAAAAGAGGUUCCUGUUCUUUCAGCUUCCACACAGAGAGACACACUGUACCUCUGGGUACAAUGCAUCUCUUUAUGUGGGAUAUAAUUUCUGUAUCUCACAGGACUAUCUUGUCUGGCUAGUGGUCUGUUAAACCGUUAAACCAGUCAUGUUGCCUGGUCCUAGAGGGAUUAGAAAGGAAUGUAAUCCUCUCCCAUCUCAGUGUUGAUGAGCUUGAUCACAGUUGGUUUCCUCACCUUACUGGACAAGUUCAACUGGGUCCAUUAUCAGAGUUGCUGCAAUUUUCACCAACCUUCUGAAAUCACCGGGCCAAACACUACAUUUCUUGACUUUCACCCUAGGAUCAUUUACUUCCCGGGUGGGGAGGGUAGCCUUAGCAGGACCAAGGGAAAACGGUCAUCUCUUCUUGAAGAAGACUUGCCCCAGGGAAUUAUUAAUGGGUCACAUUGGCUCUUGAUAAUUGGUGAGAUGUUUUUUGUUUGUUUUUUGUAUGUAUAGAUACUGUCACUCUCCCAGAAUCAUGCCUGUGGUGAUUAACAUUUUGAAUAUGUUUUGUUAACUUAUUUGAAGACACUAUAAAUUGCCAUUAGUCUUCAGUCAUUAGCUGGAAAGUAAAAUAAAUCUCAAUGAAUUAACCAGAGAAACACACUUAACUGUUGUUUUGCCUGUGAAGAACAAAUUUACUUUAUAAAAAAUAACGUAUUUUUAAUUGUCCAGGAUCCUGUGGAAUUCAAAUCAGUGUCACUUCAAUGAGUUGUUUUUUUUUAAAUUGUACUAUAUUUUAGGAAACACGUGGUGUUUUAACAUUCAGAAGUGUAAACUACUUUAAGGACUUGACUUUUUAAAUGUUUAUUAUUUUUUAUAUGUUGUUUUUCAAAGAAAAGUAUAAUUUCAGAGGUGCUUUGUAUAUAAGCUGGUUUCCUAACAAUUUUCAACCUCUUUCAUGCUAUGAAUGAAGGGAAGGAAAAUAAACCUGCAUUUGUACCGUGCAAAUGUA